AUGUGUAUGAUUACACAAGAAACUGGUAUUGAACUAACAAAUAGAAAGAUUACUAAUCAAUCAGGUCAAAAAACUUUAAUUCAAAGUUUAAAAGACAUGGGUAAAUCUGAUUAUGAAGUUAUGAUGAAUUCAAGACAUAAAAUGAUUAGUG